AUGGCCUCGCAUAGAACCACGGGCAGUCUGAAUCUGCAGCCCAUGAACAGCGCAAACUACACAGCAGCCCAAGAUGGAGUACAAGAUUUGCAAAGUCCUACGAAUACUGAGAGCGUAGGAGAUAAGCCGAGUUACCAUGCCGCAGGGCCCACCUCGCAGCCCAUUCUCGACAUGGCCACGGCUUCGCUACCAAACGAGGAGCAGCAAUCUUUGGCCAAGACGGAGCCUAAAGAGCAAUCAUUAGAUUCGCAUCAGCCGCAGCCGCCAGAACCACUAGCUGUGCCUCCCGCACCAUCACUCAUACAUCCUUCUGAUCCGCCGCCAGAACAAAAAUCCAAUACAGCUGUGGCUCAGGCUAUUCCCGGCAAACCGAUGACUCUUUAUAUUGACCAGAAAUCGCUAAGCGAAUCACCCCCUCCUCGAACUAAAUCGCCAUUUCGAGACUCACCCAACAUCUUCAUCAAGCAAAUAAACGACCAACGACGCCCGUUGUAUACGCCUGCUGUCUUGCGCUCAGACAGCUUAGGCCAAACAACCCCGGGAAGCGAAACAUUCGAUGUCUACAAACCCCCAGAACGUCCUAUACUGAAAUCGGCUCUUUCUUCUUCAUCGCUUAGAUCGCUCACAUCUUUCACAGACUAUUUUGGGGGCUUUGUCAGAGGCUAUGGGGGAAAGCCAACACAGAUAGAAGGGCCUACACGGAGGCAUUGGAAACCCAAUAAUAGUCGGUUCAGUUGUGCCAAGUGCAACAGGAUUUUCCAUUUCAUGACAGACAGCCGCAGAAAGCACCAUUGUCGCUACUGUGGUGAGAUCUUCUGCAACGACUGCCUGAAGAACUUUGUCUAUCUGGAUGAUAAUGCGCAUUUCACCUUAUUCGGUAGCUCCGAAGAUCAUCUGGACACUAAAGACAAAAAAUACCUGUGCAAAGUCUGUCAAAAUUGCGCUCAAAAAUACGAGGUGUAUCUGAAAGAGCAUACCGCAAAGAAUUUGGAUCUGGACUCCAAUCGAAACACGAACGGCAAAGUCAAUACUACAAGAAGGGAGACAAUAGCAAACAAUCAAAACCCGAUGCCUGCAGACUGGGAUUGGAGUUCGUUUUGA